AUGCUCGCAUCCGCGUGGGAAUUUGCUAAACGAAACAAAGGAAAAAUCAUUGCCGGUGGAGUUUUGGUUGGAAGUGCUAUUGCAUAUAUAAGUACGUCAUCAAAAUCCGUAGUUUUAGAGAAACACACAACAGCAGCAGAAUUACCAAAUCAAGCUCGAAGGCACUACAUCUUUGAUUCCACUCACCGAUCUUGUGAUCAAUCCAUCACAGACCUCAUUCCAUCAGUUGUCACACAGAUUCAGGCUCGAUUCGAUGUUGAAACCAUACAAGAUAAGCUGAAAAACACGCCAGAUCUCACAGCAGAGCAGAAGAUUCAACUAUGGGAUCAGCUGAAAAAAAAUGUGUUUUGUCGAAUUGUCUCUGUUGCAUUUGGAUUCUCAAUUCUUACUUUGACUCUAAAGGCGCAAAUUUCCAUUUUGGCAGCAGAUACUUGUGCACAGUUUGAAGAAAGGAAUAAGAAACCGACAUGGUGUGAAAUGAAGCUCAUAUCCGAAUUUUAUAUUUUCCAAUUCAGGCAAAGUUACAUACCAGAGUCAAUGAGCUCCAUGUUUGUCAAGAACGGGUCAAUUCAGACAGAUAAUCCAAUGGAUAUAGGAAAUCGCAGAAUUUUUUUGCAAUGUGUGCAAUAUUUCACCCUUCGAGGUAUUCCUGAGCUUAUGGAAUUUGUUGCUGAAGCCGUAUCUGCAGAACUGCAACAUUGGAAACUGACAGAUGUCAAGACGAAACAUGAAAUGCGAGAUUUCUUCGACAAGGUCUCAUACAGAAUCAGUUUCUCUGGAUUGCUGACAAAACUGGUUGCUCCAUUAGAUGAAGAUGUGAAUGCGGGCUCAUCAGUAAUGAAACUUCUGCUGAAGUUGACAAAUAAUUUAGAAUCCAGCAAAAGUAUCCACGUUUUGAGCAGCUUACUUGACUUCUAUUUUUCUGCCGCGCUCAAGAUGGUUGGUCAGGAAGAGCAGUCGCUUGUCAAAUAUGUUCCAGCGUUCUCCAACUCGUUCCCAGUUUUGACGUCUACUGCAUUCGACAGUCCCUUAUUCAAUUCGUUGUAUUCUUCAGAUAUCCAUCAGUUUUCUGUUUAUGUUUUCAACUCAUAA